AAUCAGCUGCCUAAACGCCGCAGACUGCAUUUCCCAGGAUCCCUUGCGUCCCAAGCAGGAAGAACGUUCUCUCGCAGGGGCUCACACUGAUCCAAGUUAGGAGCUUUCAGCUGCCAGCCUUGGCCCAUCAUGUAAGUGCUGCGGAGAAUUCUUUGCAGUGCAUUUGCAAAAACAAUUGCCUCUUUUCCCGUCGUCUGCGGCGGCUGUGCAAUUGCGCCGUCGCUCUUUGCACGGACGCGCACGCUUCGGACGCAAAAAGGCUCCAAGUGCAUGAAGAUCGAGGCUUGUAUUUUUUUGCAUCUUGGUUGCAAAAAGGCAAAGCCGCCGAAGCUCCAGUGCGAGGGCGAUGGAGGGAGGGAGUGAGAAAGAAGGCAAAGUCUUUUGUGCUUCCCCUCCCCCUCAUCAAAGCAAAGGGGAAAUGUCUCAGCCAAAGGGAGGUAAGAGGAAGCCGGUGCUCAAGCUCCCCAGGGAGGCUUUUGAUCAGCCUCCCCCCGCUGCAGUACCCCCCAGAGAUUUGGAUUCCAAAGCUUGUGUAACAAUCGGAGAGAAGAACUUCGAGGUGAAGGCAGAUGACCUGGAGCAGAUCUGCGAGCUCGGCCGCGGAGCGUACGGCGUCGUGGACAAGAUGAGGCACGUGCCCAGUGGCCUGAUCAUGGCUGUGAAGCGGAUCCGCGCCACCGUGAACACUCAGGAGCAGAAGAGGCUGCUCAUGGACCUGGACAUCUCCAUGAGGACGGUGGACUGUUUCUACACCGUCACCUUCUACGGAGCCCUGUUCAGAGAGGGUGACGUUUGGAUCUGCAUGGAGCUGAUGGACACAUCGCUCGACAAGUUCUACAAGCAGGUGAUCGAGAAAGGCAUGACCAUCCCCGAGGACAUCCUGGGAAAGAUCGCCGUCUCGAUAGUAAAAGCUUUGGAGCAUCUGCACAGCAAUCUGCAAGUCAUACACCGAGAUGUGAAGCCCUCCAACGUGCUGAUCAACACCCAGGGCCAGGUGAAGAUGUGCGACUUUGGCAUCAGCGGCUACCUGGUCGACUCGGUGGCUAAAACCAUGGACGCUGGCUGCAAGCCCUACAUGGCGCCGGAGAGGAUCAACCCCGAGACGAACCAGAAAGGCUACAGCGUCAAAUCUGACAUCUGGAGUUUAGGAAUCACGAUGAUCGAGCUGGCCAUCCUGCGCUUCCCGUACGACUCGUGGGGCACGCCCUUCCAGCAGCUGAAGCAGGUGGUGGAAGAACCUUCCCCCCAGCUCCCUGCCGACCACUUCUCCCCCGACUUUGUGGACUUCAGCGCUCUGUGCUUAAAGAAAGUCUCCAAAGAUCGGCCGACUUACACAGAACUCAUGCAACAUCCCUUCUUCACCUCCCAUGAGGCCAAAGAAACCGACGUGGCCAGCUUUGUGAAAGUCAUCUUGGGGGACUGAGUCGCCGCACUUGCACAGGAGGGAGGGAAGAUCUGUUAUAAAGAAAGAAGAAAAUGCAACAAACAAAAAGCAUCCAGCCCCCUGUUACCUGCAGGACCCCCACCCCCACCCCCCACCCUCCAUCCUCCAUCCUUCCCUCCAGAAACAGACGGACGGAGCCCAGAGGAGAACCAAGAGUUUGUCGUCCCCCCUCCUACCUGGCCUCUGUGUCCUCUGUACAUUACCUGGCAUGGGAGGGAUGUUGGGGAGGGACGGGUGUGCCUCACACAUAAUCUGGAAUCAUUCAAGAUGUCCGUAUGCAACAACCACACAGAACUCCCUCUUUGGUAAGAUGUGUCCCACCGCCUGCCACGCCAAACGUUAGACAGCGAGUUCUACCGCGCCGAGUCCAGCCUGUCGUCACGGUCAAACUCCCCUUUCUUUUUUUUGUGUGCUGAAUAACAGAAGUGAAAAGAGGUGCGGAUUAUAUAAAAAAAAAAAUAAAAAAAAUGAAUGAUAUAAUGCUAUCUAUGUAUAAUCUAAAUGUGUGUAUACUCAAAGCAAGUGUUGCAUCGGUUUAUUAAUUGACUGCAUGUACAGAAUAUAUCGCUGGGUGAAAACAGGCUCCGAUGAGGAACAGUUGUUGGCUGCCUGUGUGUGUGUGUGUGUGUGUGUGUGUGUGUGUGUGUGUGUGUGUGUGUGUGUGUGUGUGUGUGUGUGUGUGAACCUUGCUGAGGUUUCUUGAACGCUUUUGUUUUGUGUGUGUGUGUGUGUAAGAGAGAGAGCUGGUGCAUGAUAUGUGUGUGUGUGUGUGUGUGUGUGUGUGUGUGUGUGUGUAGGGCUGCCCGAUUUUGGAUAAAAUUGUAAUUUUUUUGGAGAUGAUUUUCUCUCGCGAUUCCUGUGGUAAUGAAACGUUUCCUCUGCAGUCUCAUCAUGCCUGCGAGAGUAGUCACGCUUCUAUUGUUUUUAAAUUCUAUUAUUUUUGUUAUGUUUUUUUGUGUCCACGCGGCGGGAUCAUCGGGUAGUUUUCGUUGCCGUGGUACCUUCAUAUUGUACUUGGUUGUAGCGUUUGGAUGCAGCAGGUGGUUUGUCCAAACACAGCGUGCACAGCACAUGCAUGUGCUCGUUGCGUUAACAUCGGAAACAGGUUCCUUGCACACAAAACAAGUGUGAGGCUUUUUUUUUAAAUGUUCAAAAAAGUUUUGUCAGAACUUUGGUGUGAUUUAUUUCCUUGAUUCUGACUCAUUUCAUCAUCGACGGCGUUAAGCCCCCCGACAAACAGUGUUCAAAGCACAAUUUUGGACACAAAAAAAAAAAGUCUUUUCAAUGGACUCACAACGGCGCCUGCUUCCCAGUGGUUUGUGGCGUACAGGCGGGGGUUUCUUUCAGUAGUUUUUGUAGCUUUGGUACCUUCAUAUUGUGUUCUGUCGUGGUUCAGAUGGCUGAACUUCGGUUUGAUACAUUUAUUAUUCUCGAUUCUAACAAUGAGUCACAAGAGUGACAAUGAGUCACAAGAGUGACAUUUCUGUCUGGAAUUUUCAGUCCAAUCUCAGCAAUCGGUAGAUUGCCUUUGGGUUACAUAACGGUAGUCUCACACGCUGCGGAGCGGAGGAGGGUCUGGCUAGUCCACACGGCAUUCCUGGAUGGGAGAAAA